AUGUCUUCAACACAAAAAGAAAAGCUGGAUUCAUCAAUGGUAAGAUUUUAUCCACUGUGAAUGUAUUUAUAUCGAAAAAAUUUUGGAAAUAAAGUUCAUAUUUCGAAAUCCAUUUGAAACGUCGGAAAAAAACUUGAAAACUGAAUGAUUUCUUUAAUUUUGUUUGAAAUUAUACUUCCGUAAUAAAUUUUUUUCCAUGACGUGACCCAUAUUUCAACCAACCUCGAAAUUGUUCAUUUCCGAAUUUUUUGAAAAAUGGAAAAAGUGUGAAAUUUGAUGAUUUAUUUGAUUUGGCAGCCUAAUUUUCAGAGUAAAAUUCUCAAGGAUUUUCCAACAAAAAAUCAAGUAAUUUUUCAGAUCCCGUCAAGCUUCUCUUGCCUAUCAAUAUCCUGCUGCAGUUGAAUUGUUCGAUAUAAAGUGAGUUUUUUUUUGAAAAUGAAAACUUUGAAGAGAAAAAGGUUUCGAAAACUGAUAAUAAACUCUGAAUUAUCCUUUUUCAAACUGAUAAAAAUUUGUAAUGUUUCAGGAAAUCAUCAUCAUUUUCGGCGAAGCUACAAAUUUGGCACCAAAUCGCAAUGAACUCAAUUAUUGAUUUAUUUUUUGAAUAUUUUGUAAAAUAA